CAAACCCUAGUCAUCGCUAAGAAUAAACCUUUCAACAACAACAGCCUCUGUCAACCUUGAAUCAUCCUGGGUUCUGGUUUGGGAAAAUGACCCAGCUAAUGACUUCAUGUUAGAUGCUCUAUAUAAGUCGAGGAAAAAAACAGACGUUCACAGAGUGCACGGGCUGGAUUUAAUCAAAGCCGGGAAACGACCUCGGAAGGGAUUACGGUCGAGUGAGCACCGCAGUUAUGUCACAGCCAGCCCCUGUGAAAAAGAAGCGGCCUCCAGUGAAGGAAGAAGACCUCAAAGGAGCCAGAGGAAAGCUUUCCAAAAACCAGGAAAUUAAAUCCAAAACCUACCAAGUGAUGAAGCAGUGUGAACAAAUGGGCUCUGUGGCACCCUCCAUAUUCAGCCGGGAUCGGACAGGGGGUGAAACAGUCUUCGAGAAACCGAAACAAGAGCCGGCCAAGAGCGUCUUUGGCUGACGGCAGAGCUGGAUGUGUCUCGCCCAGAUGAUUGUCGUAACGUUUUCCCAAAUUUCUGCCCCUUACGCUGAAGUCACUGUAGACCUAAGUAGCUAAUUUCUACUGUAAGUCAUUAAGUAGGGAAUAGACUCACGUCAAAGGGUACAACUUCCACGGUAAUUUUUAUUAUGUGCUUUCUUUCUAUGUGUUGAAUGGUAUUUGCUGUAAUGGUUUAAUAAAAAAAGGUUGUUGGACACA